AUGAGAUAUAGGUUGACCGAAAUUCUCGUCGGUUCUGCCAUACUCACUCACACUACUAGUACCAUUCCCCUUGAAGAUUCUUCGACCGGUGAAGAUAGCCGUCGAUCGGACCAAAAUGUCAUUAUCGUCGAGAGAACCGACCAAACCGGAUUGACAUAUCAUCAGAUGUAUGAAGAGAUGAUCGAGGAUGUCAAGAAAAGUACCAAUACCAACUCCCCAUUUUCACCCGGGAUCAUGCAGUUCUUACAUUCGGUAGCUGUGAAUGGUGGUGUGAUGACUGGGUUCGGUCCAAAUGGUCCGAUAGUAACCCCUAUUGGUGGAUUUAUGAACAAUGGUGGUAAUGGUAAUAGUAAUGUCGAUGGAAGCGUCUAUAACAACAACGGCAACAACAACAACAAUGGUUAUACAACUGCGUCCUCCACCUCGAACGGUAACACUCCUGCGAACACUGCCUCCCACUCUUCAACCCCCGAUGCUCCUGCUUCAAUCCAUCAAAAUCCGUCCUUCAUUCCUGGUGGCGCCGGCCUCAGUUUCGGAUUGCCAAACUUCACUUCAAUGUUGAACGGUAGCAACAACAACGCUAACAAUGCAAAUACUAGCAACGAUAACGGCACUAACAGCGGUGUCAACACUGGUGGCUCACAUCAAAAUAUGGCAAACGGUAAUUCUGCGAUACCUGUCAAUAUGUCCUCGAUGUUCAACGCCUUCACCUCGCUACCUCUUAACUCGUCUGGACCCGCCAAUGGGACAGGCACAGCAUCUAAUUCGGCAGGUGGUAAUACUGGUCAUCGAUCCCAACCGGGAAUACCUAACAUCUCCUUUGCUCCUGUUCCGACCGAAAUAACACCGCAAGACUCAGCUAAGACCCCUUCCAAGGCCAAUAUUCGGUUCGUGAUUCGAGAAGCAGCGGAAAGACAACCAGUUUGCGAAGCUUGUGGAGACUUUGAAUUACGCUUGGUGAUGUCCGAUGUCCGAGUUGCGAUGAUUUUGAGAUUCGAAGGGAGAGGUGAAGACGCCUGA